AUGGCUCGCAGCGUGCAGCUUGCUGUGACGAUCGCCGUCGUGGCCGCGGUGCUGCUGGCAGCGGCGACGACCUCGGAGGCCGCCGUCACGUGCGGGCAGGUGAACUCCGCCAUCGGCCCCUGCCUCGCCUACGCCCGCGGCUCGGGCAGCAGCCCCUCGGCGGCCUGCUGCAGCGGCGUGAGGAGCCUCAACUCCGCCGCCCGCAGCACCGCCGACAAGCGCGCCGCCUGCAACUGCCUCAAGAGCGCCGCCGGAGCUGUCAGCGGCCUCAACGCCGGCAACGCCGCCAGCAUCCCCUCCAAGUGCGGCGUCAGCAUCCCCUACACCAUCAGCGCCUCCAUCGACUGCUCCAGGUACGUACCACCUUACGGUCCAAGUCAAGUCAUCUGA